AUCAGCUAAUAUGGUCAUCGGAUGAAUAUCGCUGGGCUUCUCCGUCUCGUUUCUGCGAAUGGCAAAUUUAAUCUGUUUAUGUUUCUGAGGUCGCCUCCCUCCUUUCCGCUAGCCUCACCGGGAUAUCGUAACGCGUUAUUGGCUUGGCUGAAUGCAUCUCCAUCCACAAGCCCUCAAAACCUCCAUUGCCUCCCAUGGACCUUCCUCACCCGCCACAUGUCGUCGAAACCCUUCCCUGAUUUCCCCUUUCUCUCGCCCCCACUCCGUUUUCGCUCGCAACGGCGUCCAAAUCUCUCUGCCCAGACUCUUCUCUGCCUCAAUCGCCUCUGUUCCCUACGCUACCGAAAACGAUUGGAAGUUGAGGAGCUCUGUGAUCAAGGAUAACGAUGUUGCGACUCUGGGGAACCUGUGUGUCGACAUUGUGCUCAACGUCCCUCAGUUGCCGCCUCCCUCCGUCGAGGAACGCAUGGCAUUCAUGAAACAGUUGUCGGCUUCUCCACCUGACAAGAAAUACUGGGAAGCUGGCGGGAACUGCAAUAUGGCUAUAGCAGCAUCAAGACUGGGACUUAGCUGCAUUGCAAUUGGUCAUGUGGGCAAUGAGGUAUAUGGGAAGUUUUUGCUUGAUGUGCUUGAUGAUGAGGGCAUUAGGAUGGUACAAAUGAGUGAUAACGCUGAUGUUGCCAGCGUCGCCGGUGCCUCACAUGAAACACUUUUAUGCUGGGUUCUUGUUGAUCCUUUACAAAAACACGGUUUUUGUAGUCCGGCUGAUUUUAGCAAGGAGCCUGCAUUUCAUUGGAUGAAGCAAUUGUCCACAGAAGUAAAGGCGGCUAUUAAAAAGUCAAAAGUCUUAUUUUGUAAUGGAUAUGGCUUCGAUGAGCUCUCUCCUGGUUUACUAAUCUCGGCAGUGGAAUGUGCUGUUGAAGCUGGCACAGCAAUCUUCUUUGAUCCUGGGCCACGUGGGAGGAGUCUUUCAACUGGGACAUCAGAAGAACAAAGAGCACUUCACCACUUUCUGAGGAUGAGUGAUGUUCUUCUUCUAACUUCUGACGAGGCUGAAUCUUUAACUGGCAUAGGAAAUCCAAUAUUAGCAGGGCAAGAGUUGCUUGAAAGAGGGAUCCGCACAAAAUGGGUGAUUGUGAAAAUAGGUUCCAGAGGAUCACUCCUAAUAUCUAAGUCGAGUAUAGCUUGUGCGCCUGCAUUCAAGGCCAAUGUUAUUGACACCGUUGGAUGUGGGGACAGUUUUGUAGCUCCCAUUGCAUACGGUUUUAUAAAUAAGAUGCCGAUGGUUAAUACGUUAGCAAUAGCAAAUGCAGUGGGCGCUGCCACUGCAAUGGGUUGUGGAGCUGGUAGGAAUGUAGCUACACUGGAUAAAGUUACAGAUAUAUUGCGAUCAUCAAACCUUAACGUGGAUGAUGAAUUUUGGAAUGACCUACUUGAAAAGAACGUGGAUGCUCGGGAAAUAGUAUUUCUGUCAAAUGAUGUGGUCAUCGGAAAAAGAAAUCAGCUCAAACAUGUCUCCUUCAAUAAGGUUGCCUCUGAAUUGUUGCCCAGGUUCAAAUUUCCCCAGCUGGAGGAGAAAGUGCUUUCUUGACAGAUUUUUGGAUGAAAUCCAUUGAAAUUAAAAGCGAUUCAAUUCCCCCCUGAUUAUCAGAGCGCUUUCUGCUUUCACUUCAUUUUAGCACAAGCCCUGCAGUGAGUUAUUAUUGCAGAAGAGUUCAUCCUCCGUCUUGGUUGCGUUGGAAUGAUUGUUGAAAAGGCACUGCAUUGAGGAAAAGUAUACGGAAUCCCGUGGUUAGCUGCUUAUCGACUAUUUUAACUGAUCGCUGCAUUUGAAAACGGAGCGAUACGAUAUUGCUCUGAUAUCCAAUACCCUUUAAUAAUGUUUUGGGCCGAAAUUCUAACACCUUUGACAGAUCCUAAUUUUUCACCACUGCGGAGGAUCCAAGCUUAGACAUGGAUUCCUCCCCACCCGGGGCAACUGCAUAUCAGUGUAUCGUGAAAAAUUAUUGGCGGUGCAGAGGAAAAAUUUUGUUUUUAUGGCUUUGAA